AUGAGCGCUAAAGAGUUUUUGGCCAAUGUUGAAAGCGGCAUCGUGUCUGUGAAUUGCCACGAGGAUGUCUUACGGAUCGCAUUCAUCUAUCUAGAUGAGGGGCUGUGGACUGACAACGGGGUAUUCGAUGUGGUGGACAAGCUGCACGCGAAUGGCUGGUCCUUUGCAGCAGCCAUCUACCGCUAUUCCUCGCAACUGGAUGGGGACUUUCCCACCUUCUCUGAUUUUCCUGCCUUCUAUAGCGCCCACCACGCUCUCCUGCACUCCUGCGCCUGGCGCUCAUACUACUCCACGCACUUCCUCGCCCAGCGCACCACAGCGUGCUUUUAUCGCCCACCUGACCUCCAGGACCUCCCCGACUCCUCCUCCCCGCUAGGCAUGCCGCACCACGGUACGGUAUCCGCACACGUCCUGAAACUCCCCCGCUGGGCCUACAGUGUUGAGCGCACGCGACGUAGGCAGCCCUUUCUGCCAUGUGAAACUCUUACUGCACUAGCCCUCCGCACGCUGGAGGCAACCAUGACACGCCUGCACACGGCCUGCCCCAGCGCACCUCCCUAUUCGGAAUCACAUGCGCGCUUCUGGCUCGACUACUUUACUCCUGAUCCAUCUCCAUCUCGUCUGGCUAAUAAACCUUCUCGGGAAGAUUGGUGGCCUAAUAGCUUUGGGAUAUUGGUCGCACAGGGAAAGUAUGAUAUACACUGGUCGGAAGCAGAGUAUUCCGCACAGGCAUCGGGAGGAGAGGUUGCCGAGGGAGAUGGCGAGUUGAAGCAGGUGAUAUGGUGUGGGUUGCCCGAUGGAGGGAUUGGAGUGCAGGCGUGGUGGAGGGGUUGGGAGGAAGAGGUCGGAAGCGAGGAGGAGGUGGAGUUCCUAGCCGCUGUUGCAGUUGAGGAGAUAGCUGGGCUAGGACUAGAAGGAAUGGAUAUGGAUGAGUUGGACUUGUCAAUCCGUUCACAUAUACUAAUAGCGGUUAUGCAGGCUGCGGUGAAGGAUGGGCAGGAGAGGGAAUGUUUCCUGGGGGAGCUGGAGAGGCGGAUGGUGCAGAAGGGGAGAAUUAGCAAGGAGAGGGCAGGGAGGUGGGCCAAGGAGGCCUUGGGGGUCAUGGAGCCGUAUGUACGAAUAUGGCAGGGCGUGUGGCCUGGUGCAGAGGAGAGAGGGGAGAUGAUGCGGCGGAUCUUGGUGGAGAAUGCGCAGCUCUUUGCACGCUGGAGAGUGUCACAUCUUUCGAAGCAGUUCAGUUUUGAGCUGGGACCGAGGGAGUAA